AUAUCUUCGAUCGAAACAAAUACUAGUCUACAUAGUACUUCUGUUAUCUUGUAAAAGCUCAUAUUUUUGAUAUCCGAAUUAUCCACGACUCUCAAAAAGUAACAAGACCGCCGAGAAUCAGAAAGAAAAUGGCCGUCGUUUAUACCACCACCGGAACGGUAUCUUCACCUCUUGACUUGGACCAUCAGGUGAAAGGGGAAUAUCAACAAAUACAACUUAAUGGGAAUUCGAAGAAGGGUAUGAAAUUGAAGCCUAAGGUCACUUUGACAAGUCUGACAGUGAACAAUAGUGGUACUUUACGCAAAAUCAACUCCGUCGUCAUUCCUAUCGUCUACUCUGAUAAGUUUUACAAAGACGUACUUUCUUCCGACCUGGAAGAAGUUAACAAACUCAUUUACUACGGUGAUAUUCCCGUUGGCGCUUGUUGUUGUCGGUUUGAUAAUCUCAAUUCUACCAAUGGGGAGAAACCUCCCACUUUAGUUAUUCUGACUUUAGCGGUUUUGGCUCCUUAUCGCUCCUUAGGCUUAGGCCGCGCUCUACUCCUACACGCUCUCAAAGAAGCUCUUCAUCCCACUACCCCUCCUCCGCCUAUACCGAACAAAGACAAACCUACUACUCGUGGACAAGUUGCCCCAUCUCCCCCGCGGAAAAGUGUCAAAAGAGCUCUGGUACAUGUUCAAGAAGGUAAUGAAGGAGCGAAACGGUUUUAUGAACGACUAGGUUUCAAGGAAAUCGAACGUGUGGAGAACUUUUACUCCAAACUUGAACCUCGUCAUGCUAUCUUGAUGGUCCUCGACGAUAUUGUUUCAACCCUGGGUGAAACACUUAACGGAUCAUAA